CGAUUGGCUGUCCGGUGGGAGGGACGUAGGGGCGUGCGCAACUUUGCCUCCCCGGUUAAAGAUGGCGGCGACGGUGGUCGCGUUGAGGAGUUCUUGUCGGGCUGCGGGGCGCCUGUUCUGCACUCAUCAUAUUAGGCCCUAUAGUAGUGUUCGUUUGCUGAAGGCAAGAUAUGUUUAUGGGUUUGAUAAAUCUGCAUGGAGACAUCGACAUCAACACCAGUUGUUCAGAACAACUGUUGCUUCGAGCGGCCAAAUUGUACAGUUCAAGCUUUCUGAUAUUGGAGAAGGAAUCACUGAGGUGACUGUCAAAGAAUGGUAUGUCAAAGAAGGUGAUACUGUAUCCCAGUUUGACAGCAUCUGUGAAGUACAAAGUGAUAAAGCCUCUGUCACUAUCACAAGCCGCUAUGAUGGCAUCAUUAGAAAACUCCACUAUGAAUUAGAUGAAAUAGCCCGUGUGGGGAAACCUCUGGUGGAUAUAGAAACAGCCACUAUAAAAGAUGUUGCUCCUGAAGAGGAUGUUGUGGAGACGCCUGCUGUGUCGCAUGAAGAGCAGACCCACCAAGAGAUUAAAGGCCACAAAACUUUGGCCACCCCUGCCGUCCGCCGCCUUGCCAUGGAAAACAAUAUUAAACUAAGCGAAGUUGUUGGAACAGGGAAGGAUAACCGUAUCCUCAAAGAAGACAUUCUCAAUUACUUGGCCAAGCAGACGGGAGCCAUUUUACCUCUGUCGCCAAAGCCUGAAAUAAUCCCACCUCCACGAAAAAGAGACGCAGCAGCAGACGCAUCCAAGGAGAAGGAGCCUAGAAUCCCUAUGCCGAUUGCUGCACCUGUAGUACUUUCAGGGAAAGAUAAAACAGUGGCCUUAUCAGGAUUCCAGAAAGUAAUGGUAAAAACCAUGACUGCUGCUUUGAAGAUUCCUCAUUUUGGUUAUUGUGAUGAGGUUAAUCUUUCUCAGCUCAUCCGUUUAAGAGAAGAGUUGAAACCUGUCGCUCAAGAACGGGGAACUAACCUCACUUUCAUGCCCUUCUUUUUAAAGGCUGCAUCUUUAGGGUUGUUACAUUACCCUAUUCUUAAUGCUUCUUUGGAUGAAAAUGGCCAAAACAUCACGUACAAGGCUUCUCACAACAUUGGAGUUGCAAUGGAUACAGGACAAGGUUUGGUUGUCCCCAAUGUGAAGAACAUUGAGGUCCGAAGUGUCUUUGACAUUGCCUCAGAAUUAAACCGCUUACAAAACCUGGGAGCUACUAACCAGCUGGGAACAAAUGAGCUCACAGGGGGAACAUUCACACUCUCCAACAUUGGCACAAUUGGUGGUACAUAUGCAAAACCAGUGAUACUCCCUCCUGAAGUGGCUAUUGGAGCUCUUGGAAAGAUACAGGUCGUCCCACGAUUUAAUAGUAAAGGUGAAAUAGUUAAAGCACAAAUCAUGAAUGUGAGCUGGUCAGCGGAUCACAGAAUCAUUGAUGGCGCAACCAUGUCCCGUUUUUCUAACUUGUGGAAAUCUUACUUGGAGAAUCCUGCUUCCAUGCUGUUGGAUCUUAAGUAAAGAAGACUAAUGCCUGGACUCAGUUUUUAACUGUGGAACUGCUAUCAAGCUGGCACUGCUAGCGUGACCUUAAGAACUACUACAUUUCCUAAUCUACAAUUACCUUGUGUAACAGCUAGGCCUUUCAGACAGUGGCCACAGCGCUGGUUAUCUGUUACAUUCUGUGCGGUUGAGCAGCUUGAUGGUAAAUUAUUUGGUGGAAGAUUGUCGUCAAGUCAUGAUAUUACUCCUUGUUAAGGUAGUGAGAAAUCUAUGGUGAUUUAAAAUGCUUUAUAGUCACAUGACUAGAAGAAGACUGCUAAGAUUUCUAGCUUUAUAGACUGCUUGUGCUAUACACAAAAUAAAUUAUGUUGAAACAUAUUCCCAGUUGGAAAUAAAAGUUUCUAGUUGAAAAAUUAAAAAAAAACCCUAUACGGAUGUUGCCAAAUUUCUAUUGCAUCUAGUGCCAUAGAAAAAAACAUUGAAAUAAAAUGCCUUUUAUUUUAUUACAUAUUUUAGACAUGGACUUUUCUUGGUUAAAAGUGCAAACUUUCCUUUUGUUUUUGAGAAUGGCCUUCACACCAAAAAUACUUCUUGCUGCAGGUGUCUAUUGAAAUGUACAAAUACUAUGUAGCAUGCAAACCCACAGUGCUUCCUUUUGGAAGGAAACGCUGUAUGCACAUAUAGAAUGGCACAUGCAUUUGGAAGAUAGGACCUAGAGUCUCAGAUGUUACGAGGAACACUAAAGCUGCCCAUAGCAUGCAGAUUAUAUAUCUGGUAAUGUGUGAAGCUGCUCCUGGUGGGAGAGAUCUUUGCAUAUUCAAGAGUAGGUUGAAAAAUCUGUAGAUCAAAGAGACUCAAAAAUUAAUAGCAUUUUUCCCCAGAUGCUUUAGAGAAUGGAUUUCUGGAGGAUGCAAAGCGCCAAAUUAAACUUGGAUAAUCUUUUCUCAAAGGCUUUCAUGGCUGGAAUCACUGGGUUGCUGUGAGUUUUCCAGGCUGUAUGACCAUGUUCCAGAGGGAUUCCCUCCUGACGUUUUGCCCACAUCUAUAGCAGGCAUCCUCAGAGGUUGUGAAGUCUGUAAGACACUAGGCAAGUGGGGUUUAUAGAUCUGUGGAAUGUCCAGGGUGAGAGAAAGAACUCUUGUCUGUUGGAGGCAAGUGUGAAUGUUGCAAUUGAUCACCUUGAUUAGCAUUGAAUAGCCUUGCUGCUCCAAAGUCUGGCUGCUUCCUGCCUGAGAGAAUCUUUCAUUGGGAGGUGAUUAGCUGGCCCUAUUGUUUCUUGUCUAGAAUUCCCCUGUUUUUGAGUAUUGUUUUUUAUUUACUGUCCUGAUUUUAGAGUUUUUUUUAAUACUGGUAGCCAGAUCCACAAGCAUGUGGACAAUUUCAAUAGAAAGGAAGAAACUAUGAAAAUGAACAAAAUCUGGCUACCAGUAUUAAAAAACACUAAAAUCAGGACAGUAAAUAAAGAACAACGCUAAAAAAAACAGAUAAGAAACAAUCCAGAUAAGAAACAAUCAGGGCUAACUAACAUCUCCCAACAAAGAUUCCCCAAGGCAGGAAGCAGCCAAGCUUUGAAGCUAGAAAAAUAUUCAGUGCUAAUCAAGGUGGUUAAUUGUAACGUUCAUACUUGCCUCCAACAGACGAGUUCUUUCUCCCACCCUGGACAUUCCACAGAUAUAUAAACCCCACUUUGCCUAGUUUCCAGUAUACCUCACAACCUCUGAGGAUGCCUGCCAUAGAUGUGGGCGAAACAUCAGGGGAGAAUAUUUCUGGAACAUGGCCAUACAACCUGGAAAACUCACAGCAACCUAGUACACUUGGAUCAUUCUUGGUACAAGAUACUAAGGUGCAAUUGAUACUCCUUAUGAAAUGAAAUGAAUGUCACAAGACUCUUGAAGUAAUGAUCAUGACACAUGGUUUUCCAUUCCCUUAUACUCUUGUGGACAAAUGUAAUAUAUGAAGGAGGCCUUUUCUGUGUUCUCUGACAAAUUCUGUCUAGCUGAUCUCUGUAGCCAUAAUCAUAAUCGCACAUUUUCAGCCAUAACAAUGAUGAGAUUUCUAAUAAUUCAUAUGUGACAUCAGGCCAAAUGAAUGCAUAGAUGCAAAUGCUGUGGCUUCAAAAGCAACUUGGAAACAAAAGAGAGAAGCAAAGGCAUAGGCUGCCUUGAAUGUACAAACAGAACACUUAAAUGAAAUAUGUUUUUUCAGAAAUUCCCUGAAGAUAUAUUGGGCUCAAAAUAUCUUACUUGAUUUCAGAUAAAGAUUUCCCACAGCAUGACUGGAAUUCACACUCCAUUUUGUUACGUAAGCACAUGUUUAGGUCAAAGGUAUAAUGCAAACAGGCCUUAAGAGUGAAUGAAACUUAAAAUAAAAGCAGGUUGAAGACAAAUAAUAUGGAAACGCACAGUCAUUUGGGAAAAUUAAAACAAAGCAGCCUUCAUCAAAAUUAUAUUAACAAAUUGCUGUACAGUUACUUGCCUUGUUCAUUUUUAAACAAUUCUAUUCUCUUUCUUAUAGUUUAUUUGGAUGAACUGUAAGUAUGUUGAAAAAAUAAUGAAAUCUGUGAAAAAAAGUUUGAGGUAAAAUACAGUAUGUCAGGAUAGAGUUUUUCUAUAUUUGUUUCUCUGGAGAACACAACAGAGUAAUGUGAAAUGAUAGUGCGUGUCUCCUGUGGAUCUUUAUAUUAGCUCUUCCUGAUUUUUUAAAAAGACAGUAUAUACUACCUUAACAUUUCUUUUUCAUUGUUUUAUAUUCUGCAAUAAAUCUUUUAUUAUUA